UGAACUUCUUGAAACAUUAAUUCAAAUUGAUUGGAUUGAUAAAACACUCUUUAACACACAAACUAUUCAAAAAUCUUAUGAAUACUAAACCGUUGUAGCAUCGAUUGCAAUCGAUAAUUACGGUCAAGUUGUCAAUCGAGCGCGUCUUUAUUGUUGCGGUUUGUUUACAUUUCUGCAAAAGAUAACAGAUCAGGCAGUGUCAGUACUGCUUUUGUUUGACAACAGACAGUGUUUGAAACUAAUUUAAUACUGGAAUAAAAAUCAACAUAACUAUCGUACCAAACAAGGCUUUAUUUACAAACAAAAUUUACUUCAACAUUAUCAUCUUUUGCUUUUAUCAAAUUCAAAUAUGGCGGAAAACAGGUACUUAGCCGGAUAUGCAAAACUUGGAACAUCAAGUUGUAAAAAGUGCAAACAAAAGAUUGACAAAGGUGCACUUAGAAUUGCCAAGCUUGUGUCUAACCCAUUCUCUGAAGACGCAGGGGAUAUGAAGCAGUGGUUUCACCCACCAUGUAUCUUCGAGACAUUUGUGAGAGCCAGGGCAACUACCAAGAAAAUUGAGGAUCCAGAUGAUGUUGAAGGGUUUUCUGACCUACAGCAGGACGACAAAGAUAAGAUACUUGGUCUUAUAAAAGAUCUUCUGGCAAAAGCAGGUUCCCCGUCAAAGAAGAAAACUCCUUCCAAGCCUAAAUCUACUCCAGCCAAAAAAUCCAAUCCAGUGGCACACCAAGAUCCGGGCCCCUCAGCUAAGCCGGAUAAUCCGCCUCCUAGCAAUGAUUCCAGCAGCAAUGGUUCAUCAGUCUUACAAUCAGGGAAGGAUGACUCAUUUCGUGAGUUCCGGCGUCUGUGUGCGGACAUCGCUGAGGAAAACAGCUACACCGGAAAGACUGCCAUUGUCUCCAAGUUUAUCACAAAGGGUUCUUCAGGAGAUGGCUAUGAAGGGAACCUGUACCUUCUGAUGAAAUUGCUGCUGCCUGGUGUGGUAAAGAGUGUCUACAACCUCAACAACAAACAGCUUGUCAAACUCUACAGCCAGAUAUUUCACACGAGUCAGAAAGCGAUGUUGGAAGAUUUGGAGCAGGGUGAUGUGGCGGAGACGGUGAAAAUGUUCUUUGAGAAGAGUACCGCAUUACCACCUCAGAAAAAGUGUACACUCACUUUACAAGAGGUGGAUAAGUACCUGGGAGAGCUGUCUACGAUGACAAAGGAAGAUGACCAGGAAAAGGUUCUACGCCAAAUUGCAAAACAAUGCACAGGAAAUGACCUGAAGAUGAUUAUUCGUCUGAUCAAGCACGACCUUCGAAUUAACUCCGGAGCCAAACAUAUACUUGACGCCCUGGACCCAAAUGCGUACGCAGCUUUCCAGGCUUCCCGUGAUCUCCGUGACGUCGUUGAGAGGGUGGUGGAGAACAGGGGGGACAAACCGGGCCUAGGGAAGAAACUGUCGGUCAGGGCCUCACUCAUGACCCCUGUACUGCCCAUGCUGGCUGAGGCAUGCAGAUCAGUCCAUCAGGCCAUGAAGAAAUGUCCAAACGGUUUCUACGCCGAGAUAAAGUAUGAUGGAGAACGAGUCCAGCUACACAAGAAGGGAUCAGAAUUCCAGUACUUUAGUCGAAGCCUCAAACCCGUCUUGCCCCAUAAGGUAUCCCAUUUCAAGGAAUUCAUACCGAAGGCUUUUCAGAGUGGAGAUGACCUCAUUUUGGAUGCUGAAGUCCUGCUGAUAGAUACAAACACGGGGAAUCCGCUGCCCUUUGGCAGCCUCGGCAAACAUAAGAAAGAGCAGUUUAAGGAUGCCAACGUGUGCCUGUUUGUGUUUGAUUGUCUGCACCUCAACGGGGAAAACAUCAUGGAUAAACCAAUUAAGGAGCGUCGGAAAAUUCUGGCCAAGGAGAUGGUGGAGAUUCCUAACAGGAUCAUGUUUUCUGAGAUGAAACACAUAACAGAGGAAGAUGACCUUACUGACAUGAUGACCCGCGUAUUCCAGGAGGGACUUGAGGGACUUGUACUUAAGGACGUCAAUAGCAUAUAUGAGCCAGGAAAGCGCCACUGGCUGAAAGUGAAGAAAGAUUACCUGAACGAGGGCUCGAUGGCCGACAGCGCUGACCUCACUGUCCUGGGGGCAUUCUACGGCAGUGGCAAUAAGGGGGGCAUGAUGUCUGUAUUUUUGAUGGGUGUGUACGACCCAGCAAACGAAAAAUGGUGUACUGUAACCAAGGUUGGUAACGGCUUCGAUGACGCAACGCUAGACAAGCUUCAGACCGAGCUGGACAUGGUCAAGAUCAGCAAGAAGCCUGAAAAAGUUCCCGCCUGGCUAGAUGUUAAGAAAAAUGUCAUCCCCGAUUUUGUCGUCGCUGAUCCGAAAGCAGCCCCUAUCUGGGAAAUCUCUGGUGCAGAGUUCAGUAAGGCUGAGGUGCACACUGCAGACGGAAUCUCGAUCCGGUUUCCCCGGGUAACAAAGGUGCGGGAUGACAAAUCCUGGGAGGAGGCGACGGAUUUGCCAAGGCUUAAGGUUCUGUUUAAGAAGUCGAAGGAGACGUCAGACAUCGUGAUACCGGGAACCAAAGGCAAGGGCAAGGCGGGCACACCUGUCAAGAGGUUACAGUCCACUGAUAGUGAUAAUGGAAACAGCAAUUCCACCCCUGUUAAAUCAGAACCAUCAACACCUAAAGCAUCUCACACCCCCAGUAAAGCUAACCCCAUCGCUGCUCCUGGAGGAAUCACCAAAUAUUUCUCCCCAAAGAAGGAACCUGUUGAACCGGCUACACCUACAAAAACACCAACUAAGCGGGCCAGUGAAAAUGGCAGUGAAUCAAGUCCAGCAAAGAAAUCACGCCCUGAAUGCCAGUACGGAGCUGACUGUUACCAAAAGAACCCAGACCAUCUUAAGAACUUUUACCAUCCACCCAAGGUGCAGCAGACAAGUAAUGGGAGUUUGCCGAAUGUUUUCUCUGGUGCCAAGAUCUUCCUACCCAGCGACCUCCAAGACAACAAACAGCUCAAGCGAUACAUCAUAGCAUAUGAUGGUGAAGUAGCUUCAGAAUUUACCAAGACCACUGCUACUCAUUCCAUAGUGCCCAAAUCACACACGGGUCCAGGUGCAGACUGUGCAGGGGUGUGUGUGUCGGUAGACUGGUUGUGGAAAUGUAUUAAAACCAAAACCCUCCAGCCGACAGAGGCUUACGUGGUCAAAUAGUGGACUAAAGGGUUUUUAUUUGGCCAGAAAUGUGGGCCUUUGAAUUAAAGAUGUAGUGUCAUUCACCAUAGAUGAUAUAGCAUAUAUGACUGUGUUAUAGAUAGGUUGAAGUGGGACCAUAUUUGGUGAAAGUUGGUUGGAUGUUUGCUGCCAUAUACACUGUAUGGAACAACCUCGACUAAUAACUAAUAAAAUGUUCCAAGAAUUUCAUAUGAAAUUUGGCACACAUGUAGCCAGUGACAAUAACACAUGCACAGUGAAGCAUUUAACUUUGGCUUUUUAAAAAAUCAAUGCACAGCUUUGGCAUUUGCAUUCGCACCAUAGCAUUCUUGCUAGUCGUUAAAGCUGCACUCUCACAGAUUGAUUGUUUUGACAAUAUUUUAUUGUAAGUUAUCUUAAGUGACUGAAUUGAAGGCACUGAUGCCAAAAUGAGCUGAUUCUGAGACCAAAGAAGAAGCACUGACACUGGUUGUUUGGAUCUGGAUCUGUAAGUCUUGAACCAUUUAGAGUCAUGGCAAUAAUAUUAUGUUGUUUGAGAAAAACUUACCUGGAGUUUAUACAAAAUAAACAACACCAAAAACCUUGUACGGUAUCCGACCUACGCAAGUUAUUUUUGUAUAAAUGUUCAAUUAUUUGGUCUCAGAUCAGAAGUUAGUAGUAUUAUAGUAGUUUUUCAGGGUAAAUGGUUGAAAAAAGAUUUCUACAUCCUGCAGAAUUUAUAAUAAUGUUAUCAAUAUAUUAAGCUGAGGUCGACAGACAAAAUAUAGGUCAAUUGGUCAGAACUUUGUUAAAGUUACCAAUGUGACUAAGGACAUUGUUGUUAACUUUUAAUCGUGUGUUAUUUCAUGAUGUGCGUGUAGAUUUAAAUAAAACAGGUAAAAAUAAACAGGUGUUUCAAAUCUUAUUAAAAAUACUACAGAUUUCAAGUGUAUACAUUUAACAUCCGGUAAAGAAAUGAUUUGAAGUUAACAACAGUGACGUUAACAACGUUGUUAACUUUUGACAAAGUUGUGAACAAUCAGCCCAAAAUUUAGCUGAAGUAGACAUUAUGUUAAGCUAAUGUUUGAUUUAAGAUUGAAACACAAUCAUUUUGACAUCAUGAAUGAAAUGCACCAGUAAUUAUUAUGUGAAUGUUGCAUAUCUAUGAUAUUAUCAUUAACAGUGAUUGAAAUAAGCAUGAGCCCGCAAGCCCGACUCAAGCUUACAGAUAGAUAGAUACAUUUAUUUCGGCAAGGGGUGCACAACAUUACAAUCAAAACAUGUAACAGUAAAUAGAAAGUAAAGAUAUUGACAUACUUCAAAUUUAUGCCAUGCAUCCCAGCACAAAGGAUAACAAAAAUGGGUCCUGGAGAACUAAUUUUCGUUGUGGUCCUUAAAUAUGUUGGGGGCAUGAAUUAGUGAGGCAAUGCAAUACAAUUAAUACAUUGAAAAAAGGUUAGGUUUUGUUAUACAUGUAUGUUUAUAUAUACGGGCUUGUUGGUUAUAAUUAAAUAUGUUUAUAAUAUGAAAUUAAGUUUGAAUCAAUUACUAAUCUAAAUCGGCUAUGAUGGUUUCAAAGCCCUCUAACGAAUUGCCACAACGUGAAAAAAUGUUGAAAGAAUUCACAUUGCGGAAAUGUGUGAUAUAAUUCUUCGGACAUUUCUAUAAAAUCAGGCUUUAGAACCAGUCUGGGGGGGGGGGGGGGUCCAAACUUUUAGAAACCCUAGAUAUAACUAUAUGAACAUAAAAGAGGGUCACACGUAUGUACCAGUAUUUUGGCAUUGCCACAGAAAUCGCUUAGUAGUAUUCUUUAUGUGUUAUUGAAAUUCUGUAAAAAUGAACUCACCUUGUUGUAAUUUAGGUUAGCAUUUUCUUUAUCUCGACUAGAUAAAAAUUAAAUAGAAAAUAUUAAUUUUGAUGACUAUUAAUUAUCAUGAAAGAUGCACUCUUACUUCCAAAUAAGAUUUAUAUAGAUAUAUAGAUUUAUUUCAGUAAGGAAUGCAUGUACAUGGACAUUUAAAAUAAACAACAUGUAUAGUAAAUAACAUUAUACAUACGUGGUAUUAUCAAUAGCCAUGACAGGCACACCUAACCAAGGAUGACACAAAAAAGAGAAAACUUUGGUUUUGAUUUACCACAAUUAAUACAAUUGUUUUAAUAUACAAAAAAGGAUGAAUAAAUGAAAAGAUUCUUAUGAAGGAUACCAAGUUUAAUUCAAAAGAAACGUGCAGAAAACACAGUUUUUCCACCUUAUGUGACAAUAGUUAAUGACAGUAAAUCUGUCAGCACUACCCAAUCAUUUAAUAUUUUCACGUUUUCAGCUAUCAAAUACACGGUUACAAUUUUGUUAUCAUUUAUUAAUAUUUUUCAUAAAUGCAAUAAUUAGUAAGUAGUAAAAGAUUUAUCACUCCAAAUGUAUGUUUGUUAAAUAUGUUAAUGUAUUGGUUUUGAAUAUGAGUGUCACUUUAAUGUACAUGUACAAUAAAUUAUCAUGAUAAAUAAUCAAUGAAUUUGAUGUUCCAUUUUUUCGCAGAUUAUACAGUGUUAUGAUGUUUUUACAUUGCUGUGUUGAAUUUUACUAUAUUUCAACAUUUUUUAUUAAUACACAUUAGUUGAUAUAAUUUGAUGUGAAAUUAUUGUAUUAUACAUGUAUCAUAAUAAGAACCAUAAUUGAUAACUUUUACUCACAGAUUGUAUGUUAGCAACAUUUUUUUUAAACUUUUUUUUGAAAUUGUUUUUGUUUUUUCACAUACUUUAAUAAACAAUUUGCAACUGACAUGAUCUGAUGCUUGUUUGAACAGUGGUUUGUAUAUCCAGGUUUAAAACUAUUCAAUUUUCAACAGCAUUACCUAUAAAGUUUUUCAGCAAAUUGGAGUUUUUUUAUCCAAUUUUUAGCUCGUCUGAUUUUUAAAAAAAUGUUGAGCUAUUGUCUUCACUUGAUUGUUGUCUAUAUCGUCGGAGGCGUUGGUUAAGUUUUGCGUUUAGGUCACUUACAUGGAAACUAUCAAAGCUAUCACUUUGAAUCUUGAGGAACUUGUUCAUAUUAUACUCUUCUUUACAUUGUACCGUAAAGAUGCUGAGUUUCACCAGUUUUGGAGGGUAAAAAACAUGAAAUUUGAUGGAUUUCGGUUGAAUUGGAAAUAGCUUCUUCAAUUUUUCUUCAAUUGAUUUCAAUUUUUUCACAGACA